GCGACGCGGCCGAGGCGCUAUCUAAGGCCAUCUCCGCUGAGGACGCGGUGGACGCUAAGGCUUCUUCUGCGCUGUGGCGCGAGCAGUUCCGUCGGUGGGACGCUCGCUCCUCGGCGGCCGCGGCGGGCUACUUGCGACCGAGGCUGCCGCCCCCCGUCGUUACCGCGAACGACAUGCGAACCGCCUGGGAGCCGUGGUGGUGCCCCCCCGAUCGCCCGGCCCCUCCGGACGGCAGACCGGACUGGCCACGCGCGGCCGCUGACACGGGGGUCCCCCGGGCGGCGGCCCUGCCGUGGCGCCCGCCCACCCCGGAGGGUUGGAGGGAGGCUCUCUCGCAUGCCUCUGGCACGGCCGGCCUCGACGGGUGGGAUUCCAGCGAGCUGGGGGCGAUUGCGAAACACAUGCCGCGCCUCGCCGAAGAGCUUCGUUUGGUGCUCGUCCGGGUCGUCCUGGAUCCUGAUGUGUGGCCGGCUUCUCGGUCGCUGCGUUUUGCCGGGCUCCGGGUCGCGGGUAUCCCGAAACGGGGCUCUGACGAUGCUCGCCCCGUGGCGGUCGCUCCCGCGUGGCUCCGGGCCGGAGCUGAGGUGGAUAUGCAGAAGGCGUACGACUCGGUCGCCCACCAGGUCGCUACCGACGCCCUUCUCCACCAAGGCACGCCGCCGGCCGUGGUGCGCUUCCUGGUGCAGACUUGGCGGGCGCCUCGCUUCUGCUCGGUGGGGGGUUGCCUUAGUGAUCCCCUGCACCCGGUCCGGAGGCUGCCGGCGGGGUGCCCGUGCAGCGGUCGUACCCUCAGCUGCGUCUUGGCCCCGUGGCACGCUCGGCUCAGGGCCCUCCAACCCCCCGCUGGGGACUGGUCGUAUGUGGACGAUCGGUCUUUGAAGGCGGCUGACAGGGGGGCGAGGGACGCUGCUCUCGCUGCCACCGAGGCUCUCGACCCUCUCCUCGGCGUGGUUGAGAACCUGGGCAAGAGGCAGCUCUGGGAGGGCGCGGAGACCGCCGAGCACCUCGGCAUCCGGGGGGCCGCGUCCUCGGCCCUCGCCCAGCCCCCGGUUCCCCAGCCGAGGGAUGGAUGGAGCAAGGUUACGGAUCUGACCACACGCCUCGCUACCCUGCCCGGGUCCGCGGAGAUCCGGGAGCGUGCCUGGGUCCAGUGCGUGGCGUCCAAGUGGCGCUGGGCGGCCCCGUUCGUCUGCUCACCGCCCGCGGAGCUCACGCGGUUGACGUUCCGAAGCGUUUCCCGCACGUGCUGCACGUGGUGGGCGGAGCGGCUCGCUCUGCACCCUGCGUACGGGACCUCCUUGCAGGCGCUCUAG